CCGAUCCGAAAUCUUUAAUUGAUUUUGAUGUUAUUUUGCAGGAGUGCUAUCGUUUUACUCCGUACUACGGAUUUGCUUAGGCAUCUAUGCCGAAGAUCAGGCGAACCCCGAAUCUAUCACUCUUUGUAAAGUACAUAAAGCCAGGACCUUGGCACGUUCCCAAGAUUUUAUUUUAUGUAUGUCAAGCCAGACCAUUACAUUCAAUUGAAAGUACAAGAUGGCAACAAUCAAAAUUCGCCCCGCUCUCGCAACAGAUUUGCCCCAAACCGUGUCCCUCGACAUCGCAGCCAACCCCGACCACCCUAUAAUGACAAUACCAUGGAAGCAAUUCUCUCACAAAUACGGCGUCUGGCUCUCUCGUCAUCUCUACUUCCUCAAUCACCCCGAGAAAUUCCAAUUCCUGGUCGCUACCACACCUUCUUCUUCCCAACCCAGCGGUGAGGAAAUUGUUGGAAUAUUGGUUGGCACGUUGCCAGAGAACGACGUUAAGGCAGUAGAGGAGUGGAAACCGAUCUUCCCUGAGGGCACGCAGGAGGAUGUCAUUAUGUAUUUUCUAGGUGUUGUUGAAGGAGACAAGAAGAAGUAUCACGCAGCUGAUAUGUGGGAGUUGGAAUUGUUCUGUGUCUCCGUUGAGCACCAGAGACAAGGUAUUGGAGCAAAGAUGAUGCAGGAGUGGUUAAAACCUAUUGAUGAGGAUGGGAGACCUCUUUAUAUUUUCGCUUCAGUGAAGGGAAAGGGUUUGUAUGAGAAGUUUGGGUGUAAGGUGGUAGGGACUUUGAAUACGAAUUUGAAGGACUUUGGUGUGGAGCAGCUGCCGCACCCUAACUUUCACAUGGUGCGGGAUGGGAAGAAAUAGAGGGGUGUGAUUGGGAGUCAAAGCUAUCGUUUGAGUAAUAGAGGAGCAAGGAGUU